UAUAAAUACAGAGAAUUGAUUUAUGAGUGUGAUCUUAUCAUUACUCCAUAACCAUGAAAUUGAGUUUUCCCUUACUUCUCUUUUCUACUUUAUUAUUCAUCUUCAUCGCUUUAUCAGUUCCUUUCGCCGCCGGCAGAAAACCCCACGUCAUCAAUUUCCGAUCACGUAAUCUCUUCCCGGAAUCAUUCACUUGGGAUCCCAAAUCCCAACACUUCAUCGUCGGAAGCACUCAUCAUCAGAAACUCAUCGCUGUUUCCGAUGCAGGCGUAGUCGAAUCUCUAAUCACCGAUACCUCACUUCCUGAAAACUCCUCCUUCCUCGGUCUCACCGUCGACCGGUACAACAAUCGUCUCCUCGCCUGUAUCCACCGUCCCCCUUCCCCUGAAUCCCCCACACCUUUCAACGCCCUAGCUUCUUACGAUCUCCAAUCCAACCGCCGCCUCUUCCUCUCCCCUCUCCUCGAUGACGUCACUCAAUACGACGACGCCGCUGUCGCUAACGACGUCGCCGUAGAUUUCCACGGCAAUGCUUACGUCACCAACUCCGGCGGCGAUUUCAUCUGGAAAAUCACCCUAAACGGCGACGUUUCGAUCUUAUCAAAAUCAAAAGCGUUCAAAUCUCAUCCAGUCGAUACGACGACAGAUUACCACAAAUGUGGUUUAAACGGCAUCGUUUUCAGUCCGAGAGGAUAUUUACUCGUGGUCCAAUCAAAUACCGGGAAAUUAUUCAAAGUCAACGUUGACGACGGAGUAGCGAGAGCCGUUAUAUUAAACAGAGACUUAACGGCGGCUGACGGAAUUACCAUUAGAGGAGACGGCAUCGUUUUGGUUGUGAGUCAAGAGAAGCUAUAUUUUUUAAAUAGCAAUGAUGGAUGGGGAGAAGGAGGAGUAUAUGACGAAACUGCCCUUGAGAGGGAGAGGUUUGCUACAGCUGUGACAGUAGGAGAUGAGAGGAGGGUAUAUGUGUUAUAUGGGCAUGUAAUGAAGGGUAUAAAUGGAAAUGAAGAAAGAGAUGAGUUUGGUAUAGCUGAAGUGGAAUCUGAGAAAGAAAGUGAAGAAGAGCCUGUUUGGUUAUAUAUAUUAAUUGGUAUUGGAUUGUUUAUAUUCUUUAUUUGGAGAUUUCAAAUGCAUAGGUUAGUGGAAAGCUUGAACAAAAAAACAGUUUGAUUUUUAUUUUUUUUGGUUAGUUUGUAGUGGGAAUUAGAAGUAGCAAGUGUUUGUUUUCUUCCACAAUAAUAUAAAAAAGAUCUUAUGGUUGUUUUCUUUGUUA